UCUCUCUUCCCACUUCGGCUUCCCCAACCCCCCACCUACCUCCGAGAAACCCAACCAGCGUUCCUGACCUCCAUUCCCUCUCUCUCUUUCCACUUCGUCUUCCCCAACCUCCAUUCCCUCUCCCUCGCCACAACGAAAGUCCGAGAACCCAAACCCACUUCCCCAACCUCCAUUCCCUCUCCCUCCAUUCCCUCUUCGUGUGCAUCCAAUCGACGAACCCACAACCCAGUCGAGGACGACAAAACAACGACCACAGAAUCCAGUCGACACGCACCACCGUCCUCACGCACCACCGUCCUCAAUCGACACCCACUUCAGUCAAAAAGAUGGCUCCCAGACUCAUUAUUCCAGCACCCGAGCAUUUCACUGGCCGCGUCACAUAUAGGGGCACUGGAAUUUUUGCAAAAAUUAAAGCUCGGUUUGAGGAGUUCAACCUUAAUAACACGGCGAAGGAAAGCCGUUUCGGGAGCUUCUGGAAUGCCGUACCACUGACAUUCUCCUCGGUGUUAUUUCACCAGCUGAUGCUCCACAAAAUGAAAGUGGAUGCUCAGGAGGAGUUGAGGAUGAGGUUUUAUGUUGGUCGGAAGGAGGUCCGAUUCGGGGUGCUGGAGUUUGCACUCAUUACGGGUUUGGACUUCUCCUCGGGGCCAACAGAAGAGGAGAAGGCUGCGCAGGUCGCGCGCUCGGGGUCAGACCGAUUGAUCAACAAAUAUUUCAACCGGUCUGAUAGUGUGAAGACAGAAGCACUCCAACUUCAGUUCACAAACUGCCAGAACCCGGAAGACUUGUACAAGCUCGGCUUGUGCUUGUUUGUGGAGUCAGUGCUUCUGGGCCGCGAGGCCAACGCGCUGAUCACGCCUCACAUCAUUAGAUAUGUGGAAGACCUCGAGUUCUUCUUCCGGAUUCCUUGGGGGAAGCACUCAUUCGCCAGACUCAUGCACUCGCUUCAGAAAGACAUGUUGAAACAGAAGGCCAACUACGAGAAGAAGCUGAGUUCGGAUGUUCAGCACGAGUGCAAAUACACAGCAUAUGGCUUCGCACCUGCAGUCCAAUAUUGGGCGUACGAGGCCAUUUUGGAGGUUGGCAAGAGGUAUGGCACGAACCACGGGAUUCGGUUCCCCAGGAUGCUUAGCUGGACGAGCAAAGGCGAUAUUGGGAAGAAAGACGUCAGCGCAUUAUUUUCUAGACGGAAUCUGGAAGUGGUGAAGGGGCUACUUCCACGGACAGAGGAGGAGGCAUUUGUGAGGACAAUAUCUUACGAUGGUGUGGAGAACCUGGUUGAUGAUGCUGUGGAUGACACAGAGGCUGAGGCAGGUAGUCAGGUACCAGAGACUCAGGUCCCGUACACUCGGUGAAAGAGACACUCAGGUACCAAUUUCUGGAACUUUUUUU